AUGAGGAAGGAAAGGAUUUUAGUGAAAGUGUUCUUAGGAAUUGUUAUUCUAUGGUGCGUGCUGACAGGAUAUAAAAUGAUAAGAAGAAGGUAUUCGGAUGUAAAUGAUAGAAGAUUGCAUAGUGCUAAAGACUCAGAUAGUUUCUACAGCAUGCCAAAGACAAAAGAGGAAAGAAAGGCAGAACUGGGUCGAGGUACUUGGGCUCUAAUCCACACAAUUGCUGCAAAGUAUCCACCAGAUGCUGGGAGAGAGCACCAGGGAAAUCUCAUUAAAUUUAUAGACCUGCUUACAAAGCUGUUUCCAUGCGAUGAGUGCCGGUCUCACUUUAAGAAAUUAGUAGACACAUUCCCACCAAAAGUAUCUAGCCGAGAAGAGUUUGCUGGAUGGGCAUGCCAGGCCCACAACAUUGUGAACAAAAGACUUGGUAAACAAGAAUUUAAUUGUUCUAGGCUAGACGACCGAUGGGACUGCGGGUGCAAAUAA